ACACAUCCCCACGAAACCCAAUCCACAGAUCAAAAAGACAUCAAACACUUUCGGAAAAGGAAAAUGAAGUUACAGAGUCUUAUCAUUUUAUCCCUAGCUUUGUUGUUAGGGAUCUCAGCAGAGCAAUGUGGGAGGCAAGCUGGAAAUGCAGUGUGCCCCAAUGGGCUGUGCUGCAGCCAAUAUGGGUGGUGCGGCAGCACAGCUGCUUAUUGCGCCACUGGUUGCCAGAGCCAAUGUGCCUCGACCCCUAAACCAACCCCAACCCCAACCCCAACCCCAACUCCAAGUGGUGGCGGUGGUGAUGUCAGCAGCGUCGUUAGCUCAGCUGUUUUUGACCAGAUGCUCAAGUACCGAAAUGACGCGAGAUGCAAAAGUAAUGGGUUCUACAAGUAUGAUGCUUUCAUUGCUGCUGCUCGGACUUUUAGUGGGUUUGGCACAACUGGGGAUGUUACUGUCCGGAAGAGGGAGCUUGCUGCUUUCUUGGCUCAAACCUCUCAUGAGACUACUGGAGGAUGGGCAACUGCACCAGAUGGACCAUAUGCAUGGGGAUAUUGCUUUAUCAAUGAAAAUAACCAAGAUGUAUAUUGUACACCAUCCGCCCAAUACCCCUGCGCUGCCGGCAAGAAAUAUUACGGCAGAGGACCCAUCCAACUCACGCACAACUACAACUAUGGUCAAGCGGGUAAAGCAAUCGGACAGGAUCUGAUAGCCAAUCCGGAUCUAGUGGCCACUGACCCGGUUGUAUCAUUCAGGACAGCUAUAUGGUUCUGGAUGACCCCACAGGGAAACAAGCCAUCGAGCCAUGACGUCAUCACUGGCAGGUGGAGCCCAUCUGCUGCAGACACGUCGGCCGGUCGGGUCCCCGGGUAUGGAGUGAUCACCAAUAUAAUCAACGGUGGGCUUGAAUGUGGGCAUGGCCAGGAUGAUAGGGUGGCUAGUAGGAUUGGGUUCUACAAAAGGUAUUCUCAGAUUUUGGGAGUGAGCCCAGGGGACAACUUGGACUGUUACAGCCAAAGGCCUUUUGCCUAAAAAAGACAAAAGGGCUAAAAUAAUCUUAUGUACGGUCUACCAAAUAAUACAAUAAUCAUCCUAUGUAAUAGGAAAUGUCUCGUUUCUAUUUCAUAAAUAAAAGCUUGUUACUUAGCAUUUGCAC